AUGGGUUCUGGCUGAGCGUUAACAAUUAUUUUUACAUUGGUCUUGUGGGUAACCACGAUGGCAACAAGAAAAUAGCAGAAUAAAAUCUUUUUACCAACUAUAUACUGAGUGCAAUCAUACUAGAUUUUAUCAAAUGACAUUAACACGUGUGGACUGUUCAUAAAUAAAAAAUAGAGUAAAACUCAGUAUUGGAGACAAGAUCUGAUUCCAGAUGAUUUUUUGAAUUCUAGUACUCUUCCCUACCUGACCGUUACUAUUAUUAUUAAAACACUGCCAUGACACCAAAAUCAAUGACAGAUAUAUCUUGAUAAAGAUCAUCUGCAGGCUUAAAAUCUUGCACGAAACUGCAUAAACAACAUUGUGUUCUGUGAUGGUGCAUGUCUAAGCACGAAAUUUGGCUGAGCGUCAUUGAAGCACCUUAAUAGGCAGGCAUAAUUUCUUUAUUAUCUGCCAAGGGUGGUACAAGUUUCUUUUCUGUAUGUCUGCCAAUUUAACUACAGGUCAUCUUGAGGAUGGAAUUGGCCAUAGGCUUGAAAUUUUGUCUGCAGCCUCACAGAAGCCUGUAGUGUAGCGUACUCCUACCUUAUAAUUGAUAAAUUUACAGUUUAAAACUUGUUUCAGGUGACUCAGCUGGUUGCAGAAAUCUACAAACCAAAAUUCAGACAAGAUGAUCUUGAAUAUUCAAACCAUCGUGUUUUGCAGCGGCACCAUCCUUUUAUCAGUCUUCGUAUCUAGCCAUGCUCACCGGACAGGUGCUUACAUGCGAAACGCAGACGAUGGUUUCAACUUCAGAACAAAUUGGAUGGGCAACAUCCAGAACGAAGUUCGGCUGAGUGAAAUUGCCAUUCCUGGUACACACGACAGCUCUACAUUCAAAGGCUACGGGGGUGACUCGGCGACGACCCAAGUUCUGAGUUUCGAGGAGCAGCUGAACUACGGCAUAAGGUUCUUCGACAUCAGAGUGAGACAUUUCCAAAACGCGUUUACGCUACACCACGGCUUCGUGUACUUACAUUUGAAUUUCGAUAACUUCUUAGAGAGCGUCGAUAAUUUCCUCAGGAGCAGUCCCUCGGAAACAGUACUCUUCAGAUUGAAGGAGGAAUACGAUGCGGAAGGCAAUUCAAGGAGCAUUUCUGAAACACUGCAAGAGUACCUGAACAGGUACCAGGGUACCUACUUGAGGACUGACGACAGGAACAUCAAUUUGGGUAGUGCGCGAGGGAAGUACAUCAUACUCUCGGAUAAUUCUCAGUUCGAUUCGUUCGGACUACGCUAUCGCGAAUCUGACAUACAAGACAAUUACAGUUUAGAGACCAACUUCGAUUUGUACAACAAGUGGGAGAGUGUGAAGAGCCAGUUGGAAAACGCCAGGAACGGAGAUCCCGGUACUUUUUACAUAAAUUACCUGUCGGGAUCCGGGGGUUCUUUCCCGUACUUUGUGGCCAGUGGCCACUCUUCCCCUGGGACAUCUGCUCCACGGCUGGCCACUGGACUGACCACGCCUGGGUUUAGCAGCUCGUACCCGGAUUUCCCCAGGGUUGACUGUUUCAUAGGAAUCUGCACGAUCGCGUUUGAGGGUACAAAUAUAUUGACUCAUGAUAGAAUUAGUGAUUAUAACAAUAGCGGCAGUCGGAGGACUGUCGGAAUCAUUGUUGCCGAUUUUCCUGGCGAUUCCCUAAUAGACGUCAUCGUGCGUAACAACGGAUAACAUCAAUUGUUUUGUGAUCAGACUUUUAAUUUCAAGAACUCAUUAACAUUAUCUUAUAGGCGUAUUUAAAUUUAAUUUUAUUGAUUUAAUUUAAAAGUAAACAAAGUAGAUUGAGGAUAUACAUUUAGUACUCGUAGUAAAGGCUAACUUAAAGACACUAUUAGAUAAUCUAUAAAGUAAAUAGUGUAAUAAAGCAGUAGCAAAUACAUUGUAUAUAAUAAAAAAAAUUAUUGAAUGUACAAUUACAAAUUAAGAUAAUGUAUAGGGAAGGUAAAUGCAA